GCGCAUGCGCAGUGUAGAACGAGUGGUUACCUCAGUGUCUGCUUUCUGCGUUUAUUUUCAGUCGUGCUCCUACUUGCCAGCAGCACCUGUACCGGACGGACGCCUCCCCGCGACUGCUCGUGACAUUCACCUGACGGGGUGACUCCGGGAAGUCCCAUGUCGUGCUGAUACUACCCGCUGUGUGCCGGGCUCUAUGCGGCCGCUGGACCAUGAAUCUGCACCAGGUGCUAACAGGAGCCGUCAACCCAGGGGAUCACUGCUUCUCUGUGGGGAGCCUCCAGGAGCAGCCAAUAACGGCCUAUGCAUCUGGGUGUGAUGUUGUCAUUUUGGGAAGCGAUUUUGAGAGACUACAGGUAAUCCCUGGAGUCCAACAUGGCAAUGUGCUGGUGGGAUGUGUAGACUGUUCGAUGCAGCAGGGCAGGAUUGCAGCAUCAUACAACAAUUUGAUUUGCAUUUUUGAACCAGUAAAUCUGCUAAAACAAAAGAAUGCUCCAUUACAAGGAGGUCCCUCUCAGUGGCAGAAAAGUGGCCACAUAGUCUUGGACUCUGUUGUACAUAAUUUAACCUGGGACCCAACAGGUACACGUCUGUUAACGGGCUCAAGCAGCCUGCAGCUCUGGUCCAGUGGUACUAGAGACAAGUUAUCCAGUGAGGACUCUCAGGAGAAACCAGACACUGAUUGUGCCAACUGGACAUGCAUCUGGCAGUGCAAAACUGCCUUCUCUGUCCACCUAAUGAAGUUUUCCCCAGACGGAGAGUUUUUUGCUACAGCCGGGAAGGAUGACUGCCUAGUGAAGGUCUGGUACAAUACUGAAAGCUGGCACUCAGCUGUUAAUUCUCCGGUUACCAGCCCAGAGAAAGAAGGUCAAGGAGAAGUGGAUUUCUCUUUUAUCUACCUUGCUCAUCCUCGAGCAGUGACUGGGUUUUCUUGGAGAAAGACAAGUAAAUUCAUGCCACGAUGCUCUGUAUGUAAUGUUCUUCUUACAUGCUGCAAAGACAAUGUCUGCCGGCUCUGGGCAGAGACAUUGCUGCCCAAUGACAGCCUUUUAUAUGGCGAUGGGUUUAGCCAAAAAAUCGAGUCAGACGGCUUAAAUAAUAACUUCAAAAGAAAUCUAUCGAGUAAAGAGCGAGUGCAAAGUGCACUGGAGUUGAAUCUGAGGCAUUUUCGUAGAGGAAGGAGUCGGUCUUUAGCACUGGUGGCACAUACUGGAUAUCCUCCUCACCAGCAGGACGCUCAUGAGGUUCAUCGGAAUACACCCUUCCAUGGCAAUGCACUUUGUCACUUUCACAUUGCUGCCAGCAUUAAUCCAGCCACAGACAUUCCUCUGCUUCCUUCCAUAUCAUCAAUGAGUCUUGGAGAAACUGAAGAAAACAAUGGCCCUUUUGUUGUACAUUGGCUAAAUAACAAGGAGUUGCAUUUUUCCUUGUCUAUGGAAGUCUUCCUUCAACAACUGAAGAAGAGCUUCGAGCAGCAGUCUUCAGACGCUAACAUUGACGAAACCAACCAGGUGGAAGGGAAUUCAGAUGAAGAAAAUGAUCAUAUUGGGGAAACUGAUAAGAAAGUGGGCACCGAAAAGAAAGAGGUCACUGGUGAGAGGGCCGUGACAAAUGCUUCCCAAGUUUCCUUCCCAUCAUCUGUUAUUGAUCAUGAAAUGGAAUUCCUGCUGUCAGAAUGGAACAAGAACCCAGACAUGUUGUUUAGUAUUCAUCCUGUGGAUGGCUCUUUGCUUGUAUGGCAUGUCGAUUGGCUGGAUGAAUAUCAGCCUGGCAUGUUCCGUCAAGUGCAGGUGUCUUUUUCAUGUAGAAUUCCAGUAGCAUUCCCAACCGGAGAUGCCAAUUCUCUUUGCAGGAGUAUUGUGAUGUAUGCCAGCACGAAAAAUUUAGAGUUGGCUAUUCGGCAGGGCAAACAAAAGCCCUCUGGUAUGGCACAUUCAUCUUCAAUGCUAAUAUCUGCUGGACAGACCAAAGCAUCCAGCAGUCUGAAACUGAGCAUUUUCACCCCUAAUGUUUUGAUGAUCUCCAAGCACGCAGAUGGGUCGCUAAAUCAAUGGCAGGUUAGCUUUGCUGAGGAGUCCGCCUUUUCAACCGUGCUCAGCAUUUCUCACAAGUCCAGAUAUUGUGGUCAUCGCUUUCACCUCAAUGACCUAGCCUGUCAUUCCGUGCUGCCCCUACUGCUGACAACCUCUCAUCACAACUCUCUGCAUCCAGUAGAAGACAAUGGGGUCAGUGACUCGCCUGACUCGUCCCGUGGAGAUUUUAAUUGCAAUCAAAAUGAAUCGGAUGUAGACAAAACCUGGCAAGACCCAAAUGCAGUGUAUAGUGAACUCAUCCUCUGGAGGGUGGACCCUGUUGGACCCCUGUCUUUUUCUGGUGGCGUUUCCGAGCUGGCUCGUAUUAAUUCGCUUCACGUUUCUGCUUUCUCAAAUGUUGCCUGGCUGCCAACUCUUAUACCAAGCCACUGCCUAGGAACAUACUGCAAUUCACCGAGUGCAUGUUUCGUUGCAAGUGAUGGCCAGAAUUUAAGAUUAUAUCAAGCGGUGAUUGAUGCCAAAAAGCUACUGUGUGAGCUGUCCAACCCCGAGAUCUCAAAAUACGUUGGGGAGGUUUUCAACAUCAUUAGUCAGCAAUCUACUGCUAGACCGGGAUGCAUUAUCGAGCUGGAUGCCAUUACCAGCCUGAACGGAAGAAAAACACAGCUGUUACAUGUUUUUCAAGAAGACUACAUACUGGGAAAUCUAAAGAAAUCAGGGUCAUCUGGAAUAAGUGGUCUUCUUUCAGAUUCUGAAAACUCCCAAAGUGGAUUUUCAGAAAAAUUCUACUUGGUGGUGAUUGAAUGCACAAAAAACAAGCACUCUGUGUUACAUAUGUGGAAAUUGCACCUGAAAUCCAUCCCUGUUGCUCUGGAGGAAAAAUCUAGCUCAUCAGAAAAUAAUUCACCAAGAGAUGACUCUUUCAGUUCUGCCUCAGGAGAAAAGGUUCGGUCUCCAGUUACUCAAAGAUACCAGACCUGUAAAGCAAAUUUACAGAGUACUAGCAAGAUGUCCCUUUCCUCUGAGCUUGUGUAUAGCCGAGAACUGAGUUUGCCUGAUGGUGUGGAAUUAAUUAGUGUUAAGCCGUCUGCAGGGCUUCUCAGCUCUUCUUCAAUAUACCCAGUGUGUAAUGCCCCCUACCUACUAGCAACUUCUUGUUCUGAUGGUAAAGUGCGAUUCUGGAGGUGCACAGCAGAUUCGGACCUUUCACUUUCUCCAUCUGAUCUGGAGAAUAGCCUUGUAUACAUGUGGGAAGAAUGGCCUUUACUGAAUGAGGACGGCUUACGAAAUAGCGCUGUGAGCGUACCAGGCAGGCCAGUAGAAGUAAGCUGCGCACACGCUAACUGUCUGGCGGUCGCAUUCAAGCAAACUCCGCACAAAACUAGUAAUUCCUCUCGUGACUUUUUGAUGCAUGUGAGCAUCUUUGAAUGUGAAUCCACCGGCGGCUCUUGUUGGAUUCUGGAACAGACUAUUCAUUUGGAUGAGCUAAGCACAAUUUUAGAGCCUGGAAUAAGUAUUGAUAAUAACCUAGUAGCUUACAAUAAGCAAGAUGUCUUUUUAUCUUCCAAAAAGCAGCUUCAACCGAGCACAAAACAUUUGGUUCAUUUGGACUGGAUGUCCAGGGAGGAUGGUUCGCAUAUUUUAACCAUUGGCAUUGGUUCUAAACUUCUUAUGUAUGGCCAGGUUGCAAGAAAACUACCGGAACACUCUAGUAAAGAAAACUUUGCAUUGCAGCUCUGGGACACCGCCAAAAACACAUCUCAGCCUAGGUUUGUACUGUUGAGAUCGGUGGAUUUAGUGUCUUCUGUGGAAGGGUCUCUUCCUUUACCUGUGUCCUUGUCUUGGGUUCGGGAUGGUAUACUCGUUGUUGGGAUGGAUUGUGAAAUGCAUGUCUAUUCCCAGUGGCAGCCUUUUUCUAAACAAGAUUCAUCUAGCACAGAUUCUUAUAAUGGAAGCACCCCAUCUAUCACAAAUUUGGUUAAGCAAAGCCAAUCUGUUGGGUCUGGUCUCUACCCGCCAAAGAAAGCCAUGACCAGGUCGAUGACUAGCUUGGCACAAAAACUUAUGGGAAAGAAAACUGCAUAUGAUCUUCCUGUGGAGAUGGAAGAUUCUGGACUCUUUGAAGCUGCUCAUGCUUUGUUUCCAAUUUUACCUCAAUAUCAUCCAUUACAGUUGUUAGAAUUGAUGGAUCUAGGAAAAGUGCGCAGAGCAAAAGCUAUCCUUUCUCACCUAGUCAAAUGCAUUGCAGGGGAGGUGGUCUCUCUCAGCGACAAUGAACCCACCCCAGAGCGCAGGCUCAGAUCCCUCUCGAUUAGCGCCAGCGGAAGCACUGCUCGUGAUCCCAAAACAUUCAGAGAGCCAGAGACAGCAGAUUACACAGAAAUUGAGGCGGUACCUCCCCUACCAUUGUAUGCCCUUCUCGCUGCGGAUGAAGAUUCCUCCUUCACUUCCACAGUCGAGAAAUCCAGCAAUUCCAGCAAGCCAACGGAUAGCAAUGCAAAUGAUGAGAACUAUGAUGAACUCUUCCAGGUUCCUACUCUGACCACUGAUGAACUUACAACCUUGGACUCGGAAGAAGAGAACUCUAAGCCUCAAGUCAUCGACCUGUCUCAGUACAGCCCAACCUAUUUUGGUCCAGAACAUUCUAAGGUCCUAUCUAGACAUUUGCUCCAUUCCAGCUUACCUGGUCUGACGCGCAUUGAACAGAUGUCUCUAAUGGCUCUAGCAGACACCAUUGCCACAACAAGUACAGAUAUUGGUGAAAGCAGAGACCGUAGUCAAGGUGGAGAGACCCUUGAUGAAUGUGGUCUUAAAUUUUUCCUGGCUGUUCGUCUUCAUACGUUUCUCACGACUUCCCUUCCUCCGGCAUACAGAGCUCAGCUUUCUCAUCAAGGCUUAUCUACAAGUCAUUUUGCAUGGGCUUUUCAUUCUGUGGCGGAGGACGAGCUCCUUGCUACACUCCCAGCAAUGCAGAAAGGUGACCCCACCUGGGCAGAGCUCAGGGCAAUGGGGGUAGGCUGGUGGGUCAGAAACACAAACAACUUGCGGAUGUGCAUUGAAAAGAUUGCAAAGGCAGCUUUUCAGAGAAACAGUGACCCCUUAGAUGCUGCCAUAUUUUACCUUGCCAUGAAGAAGAAAGCUGUGAUAUGGGGUCUAUAUAGGUCUCAGCACGACGCAAAGAUGACACAGUUUUUUGGGCACAACUUCAAUGAAGAGAGAUGGCGGAAAGCGGCUCUGAAGAAUGCUUUCUCUCUGCUUGGCAAACAGCGAUUUAAGCACUCUGCGGCUUUCUUUCUUCUGGCUGGAUCUCUGAAGGACGCUGUGGAGGUCUGUCUUGAGAAAUUACAUGACAUCCAGCUUGCUCUAGUGAUAUCGAGACUUUAUGAAUCUGAAUUUGAAAAAUCUUCAACCUACAAAUCAAUCUUGCAGAAGAGAGUGCUGGGUAUCGAGUCAUCUGGCCGAGAUCCCACACUGUCGUCAAUGCACCCUGACCCCUUUGUGCGCAGCAUGGCUUACUGGAUUUUGGAGAAUUACAAAAAAUCGUUAGAAACUCUGUUGAAGCAGGUGUUUAGAGUUGAAGAAGAUGACUCUUGGAGCCUGUCAUCGAAUUGUGAUCCAUCAGUCUUCAAUUUCUACAAUUUCUUAAGAACUCACCCUAUGUUAUUAAGGCGACAUUUCCGAUCGUCGGAGUCCUCAUCUACCAAAAUGCGUCUGUCUGUUGAAAAUGGCUUGGCAGACACCAUUAACUUGGGGGAAAGAAAGCUGUUCUUUACUACUGCCCAUGCUCAUUUGAAAGCUGGCUGUCCAAUGUUGGCACUGGAAGUAAUGUCCAAAAUGCCCAGAGUAGUCAAGAGGUCAAAGCCAUUGGUUCGAACUUCAAGUUUAGCAGAUACAAGCAAGUUGUCUACACCAUUAUCUCCUUUACUUGAAGAGAAGAAAGAUUUGGCUUGUGAGUUUGAUUGGUCAAGCUCCUUGGCCAAUGGAGUGUCAUCAGAGAAGCAGCAACAUUCUGCCCUUUCAUUUGACUGGAGUCAGCCAUCAAUAGCAAUUGAAGAUGAGCCGUUGGAACUAAAGUGGGAUGCUGAAACAGAUGAAGAGUCCGAAGGGUCUGGAUUGUCCAUGAAAGACUUAAAGCCUUCACAGAGCACAGAAAGUGAUAAACCUUCAGCAACAACCACUAGUUUAUCUGAAUCUAUCAGCAUUGAUGAAAAUGAUGUCCUUAGUCACUCAGAAGAUGUAAUCGCUGCACAACUAAAAUUCAGAGCGUGUCUGAAGAUUCUGACCGGGGAGCUGCGGACAUUAUCUACUGGGUAUGAAGUCGAUGGGGGCAAGCUGCGAUAUCAGCUAUAUAGUUGGUUGGAGAGAGCCGUCGUUGCUCUUCAGAAGAUUUGUGAAUACAACCCUAACCUGGAGGAGCCGAACUUGCCAGCCGCUAUCGACUAUUCUUAUGACGAUAGUUCAGAUAGUUCUUGUGAUCAAGUGACAACAAAGCAGAGGAAAGAUGUUUUUCAGAGACGUCAGUGGCUACUAAAAUUCCAGUCCCUUCUGCGGAUGUUUCUGAGUUUUUCUGUCCUGCAUGGAUCUCAUGGUGGUGGGCUGGCCUCAGUCCGAAUGGAGUUGAUUUUGCUUCUUCAAGAAUCUCAGCAGGAUACCUCUCUUCUUUCCAGUCCUCAAACAGAACAGACUUCAAUCCCGCUUUUAUUUGCUUGCACAGCAAGUGCCAAAACUGUUGUGGCCAAUCCAUUGUUACAUCUCAGUAACUUAACCCAUGAUAUUCUGCAUGCCAUAAUCAAUCUCGACUCCCCACCUCACCCAGAUGUCCGUAGUAAUAAGAUAUAUGUCAUGCACACUCUGGCUGCAUCGCUCUCUGCCUGUAUCUAUCAGUGCCUUUGUGGAGGAUCAGCCAACAGUUCCUCUAUUCAAACCAACCAGUUUACAGGUAUGGUGUACCAGAGUGUUCUUCUAAUCCAAAGGCAGCCUCUACGCACAACCAGUCUGGAGGAAGCCGUUAUACCAAACACCUCACCCGCCCAUUGGCCAGGAAUAAGUAGUUUAAUCCGCCUGCUUAAUUCUGCUGGAGAAGAAGCCCAACCAGGCCUUACAAUCCUGCUUUGUGAAAUUCUUACUGCCGUGUACCUGAGUCUUUUCAUCCAUGGAUUAGCCACUCACUCAAGCCAAGAGCUAUUCUGCAUUGUUGGCCAUCCUUUGGGUGACAAAAUGUGGUCCGCAGCCUUUGGUGGAGGAGCUCGAAUUCCAUGCAGGGGACAAAUGCCUGUGAAACCAGUUACAGGAAAAUACUUUUCUAUCCCUAGCCCUCAUCAGGUAGUUGUGUUCUCCAUGGAAUGUGUUGGCUUUUCCAAAGCCCUUACUGCCAUCAGUACCCAUAGUCCUCCCAGCCCUGCAGUUGUUUCUCCUCCAGUAGAAGAAAAUGACAAGGCUUCAAAGCGAUUCAGACUUUCUACAAGAACUGCACUCAAAGACAGUCCAUCUGCUUUCGCUUCACCGUUGUUGGACCAGGGUUCUUCCCUUUUCCGUGAGAAAUUCAUCCCUCCUGAACUCAGCAUCUGGGAUUAUUUCAUAGCAAAGCCUUUCUUUCCACUGUCACAAAAUAGACUGGAAUAUGAUUCUGAGGACAGCCAAGGAAGUGAUGAGGAGGAAGAUGAUGACAUAUCUCUAUCUGAUGUCCAGAUUCAAGAACAUUCAAAUCCUAACUCAUAUAGUUGGGCUCUAAUGCGCCUUACUAUGGUGCAGUUUGUGCUUCAGAAUCUGAAGGGCUUUUACCCGUUAGCAGGACAUGAACUUUCAGAACUUCCAAUGGUGUCUCCACUCUGCCAUGCCACUCUGAAGACUUUGCAGAGAUGGGAGCAAGUGCUCUUAAGACGGCUUGAGCUAUAUGAGGGUCCCCCACAAGACUUCAUCACAAUACCAACCACAGAGGAGGCCUUGUCUGCUGGCCCUGCUAUUCUGAGACAUAAAGCAUUGCUGGAGCCCACAAACACACCCUUCAAGUCCAAACAGUCAAGCACAUUACCAGUGAAGAGACUUUGGCAAUAUCUAGUUAAACAGGAGGGAAUCCAAGAAACCUUUAUCAGAAACAUCUUUACCAAGAAACGAUCUCUUAAUGAGACUGAAGCUGAAUUGGUGUCCUCAGGUGGAAGAGCACGAAUUAUCCAUAAAGAGUCUGAUAUUAUCACUGCUUUUGCGGCCAACAGAAACUGUAUUGCAAUUGCUUCAAGUCACGACAUCCAGGAGCUUGAUGUGUCUGCAAUUUUGGCCACCCAGAUUUAUUCUUGGAUUGAUGAUGACUUUGAAAUGGAAAACAAAGGACCUGAUGACUUUUUGGUUGUACACACCCGGGAUGAUCUUUCAGCAGUUCAGGGCUCAACUCCUUACACCCACAGUAAUCCUGGAACACCGAUAAAUAUGCCCUGGCUAGGGGGGGUUCAGACAGGAAGAGGGGCAUCUGUGAUGAUAAAAAGGCAAAUCAAAGAUGUCCGAAGAAUGGCUUCACAUCCAACCCUGCCUUACUAUCUCACUGGUGCUCAAGAUGGCAGUGUAAGGAUGUUUGAAUGGGGUCACGCUCAACAGAUAACUUGCUUCAGGACAGGUGGAAAUUCCAGAAUAACUCGGAUAAAGUUUACCCACCAAGGAAACAAGUUUGGAGUAAUGGAUGCUGAUGGAUUUAUCAGUCUGUAUCAGACCAACUGGAAAUAUAGUGCUGCUAGUGGAAGUCCUCCCAAGCCAUACUUGACGUGGCAGUGCCAUAACAAAACCGCCAAUGACUUUGUUUUCAUAAGUUCAUCUUCUCUAAUAGCAACAGCCGGGCAGUCAGGGGAUAACAGAAAUAUCUGUUUGUGGGAUACACUUGUUACACCGGCAAAAAGUUUAGUUCAUGCUUUCACCUGCCAUGAUAGUGGAGCAACUGUUAUAGCUUAUGCACCAAAAAAUCAGCUUUUAAUAUCUGGUGGAAGGAAGGGUGUCAUUUGCUUAUUUGAUUUGCGGCAGAGACAACAGCGGCAUGCUUUCCAGAGUCACGAUUCUGCAGUCAAGGCCACUGCUAUUGACCCAACAGAAGAAUAUUUUGUCACAGGAUCUGCAGAGGGUAACAUCAAGGUCUGGAGCCUGAGUACUUUUGGACUGAUGCACACUUUCCUCAAUGAACAUGCGCGUCAAUCCAUCUUCAGAAAUAUCGGAACAGGCGUGAUGCAGAUAGAAACUGGGCCGGCUAAUCACAUAUUUUCUUGUGGUGCAGAUGGAACUGUCAAAAUGAGACUAUUACCUGACCGGUUUAGUACAGUUAACGACCUUCUGAAAAGUGAAGUCAAAUUUGUUCUUUGAACUCUUUACUUUGUAUCAUUUAACCCUGUGGACUCUUUCAACUCAUUGUCCUGCACUAGCACUGAAAGUGGAUACCAGUGUCAUGUAUUAGGUAAGAGUAGUGGCCGGCAAAUGAAAUGUGCAAUGCUUUAAAGAUGUGCCACUGUGAUGCUUUGAGCAGUUUAUAUUUAUUUUUUUUUAUUUUAUUUUUUAUUUUAAUAUAUAUAUUUUUUUUUUCUUUCCCUGUUUUUGCCCUUCACGCACUGAUGCCUUAAAUGAUUAACACAAUUGUUCAUCAAUUGAAUGCUAUGUUGCCUAAAAUAGGAAAGUGGAUAAAUAUGUAAAUUAAGAUAUAUAUGUAUACUUAUAUAUUCCUACAUACUUGUGCUGCUGAGGAUGAUUUAUUCUUUUUUUUGUCUUCUAAACAUUUUUUUUACAUGUGUUUAAAAUCAGCACAAUCGGAGAAUAUUUUAUUAGUUGUGUAUAACCUUUAAACCUUACGAUUUAAUUAUAGUUAUAUAUACAGAAAUUAAUAUAAAUUAUAUUUUAGGGCAGUUAAGGAUCAUUGUAGGAUAUACAAUUAGGUAUAAAUGUACCUAUGUGAAAAAGGAAACAGUCUCCAAGUAUAAAACUCCACAAAUAAAAAAAUAAAAACUG